AUGAAUAAAGUUUACAUUAGAGUUGUUCUUUUUAUUUUAAGCUUGUUCAUAUAUAUGAACAAUAAUACCUUUGCAGCCGAGCAUUCUCCAAAAAAAACUAAAACACGUUUUUUAUCCAAAACAGAUAUAUCCAAUUAUAUCUGGAGUAUAAUAUGUAGAUCACCCAUCUACGUAUUAUUUACCAAUCCUGAUAAUAUUUUUAAACCACGCAUCCCCUUUGUGUGCACCAAGCGUAGUGAAAUUAAAAAAGCAGAAAAUGUUAUGGAGGAGGCUAUAGAACGAUUGAAAGAACAUGCUAUACAUUCAAAUGAUUACAAUUUACAUUACCGUUAUGCUAACGAAAUAGAUAUAUAUCGUAAGAGACAUAAAUAUGUAAUCGUUGACAAAAUUGAUAUUGAAAUCAACAACACCGAUAAGUAUGAAGAAAUAAUAGAUACACUAUUCAACUUUAAUAAUGAUUUAUAUUGUGGUGGUGUCGAGGUUAAAGGAAAAGUUGCCCGUGAAUAUAAUCCCAAUUUAGUAAUGAUACAACAACGUUUCUCAGAUAUUCCUGAUCAACAUUUUAGAGGAUAUUUGUAUGCCAUAGCUACAAAACAGCAAGUAUCUGAAGACACUACUAUAAUUGCUUUAACAUCGGCAAAUAUAAAUGAUUACAACCAUGUAGACCAAAAUUUAUUUAAAAACCUUAUUGUAGAAAGUGCAAACUCAUUCGAAACUGAGGUAGAUUCUGAAAAUUAUAUUAGAAAAAGAUACUUAAAAAAGGCAUUUGUUCACUUAUCCGGAUAUAUCAUUAAAAAAAAAAGCAAAUCUAUUCAGAUUACCAGUAUUAACGCUAUUGAAGUAGAUAAUCGCAAUGCUCCAAAAUCUAUUGAAGAAGGUUUCAGAGGAGACAAAUUAACGAUUCUAAUUAAUAUAAAAAAUAAAUAUUCUAUGAAAUAA